AUGGAUAAUGAUGACGAACACGUAGCAGGGGACUUUUUCCUUAAUUCAAUGACAACAAACACAAUACAACGUAGAACAUUUCUUGAACAUUUUCAACGCUUUAUACCACAACAAACUAUUAUUUACAUACAAUAUUGUUUAUUACGUAUUCCAUUCAUACUUAUUUACGAUUACUUACUUACAGAAAAAUUUUCAUCAUUAAAUGAAUAUAUACUCAAAUAUUUAAUUCAAAUUAUUGAUCAUAAUAAUUAUUUUUUUCUGAAACCAAUCAGUUAUAUUUUACACAGUUCCUUAUUUCAUAUACUAUCACAAAUUUAUCUAAUUUUUUUAGUACCUGUUCUAGGUCUUAUUUUCCUAACAUUACUAUUACUAUGUUCCGAUAGACGUCUUGUGAUAUUCUAUAGUUAUACUAUAUCAUUACUUGUAAUUUAUUUUGAUUAUCAAAUGAGUUAUAUAACAGAUAUUCAAAGCUCAUCAUCAAUAGAUACUUACAUUCUACAAUUUCUAUUAUCAUCUAUCUAUAUUCAAAUGCUCAAUAUACGUCCACGUGUUCGUGCAUAUAAAGUUCAAACGCGUUUAUGUCAUUUAGCACCAAUUGUAUUGAUAGUAACACGCUACUUGAUAUCUACAAAUUACAAUAUACCCGUACUAAAAUUCUAUUAUCUAAUAUGGACAUUUGUUCAUCUCUCUGAAUUAUUUCUUUGUCAUCGACAAACAAUAUUAAAUUUAAUGCGAAAUCGAUUUAUAAACGAUCUUUAUCAUUUAUAUGAAAAUUUUGGUUUACAAACAUUAAUUAAUUAUUUAUCAACGCGCAUAGAUGUGGCUACAUUAUUGAAGAUAUUUUGGUUAACAAAAAUAAUUGUUUUACCAUUAGGCAUUAGAACUAUAUAUACACAUCCAUAUAUAUCAAAUGUAACAUUAAAUAUAAAUAUGACGAAUUUAAAUGAUAAUAUGACAUUAUAUGACAAGCAAACUAAUUACAAUGAAACUUUAGUUAAAACCAUUUAUUUUACAAGUUUAUUUUAUGGAACAGAGACUAUUUUUACCUUGAUUAGUUUAGCAUGUCUUAUAUCGUAUUUAAUGAAAACUAUUUCACAUCGUCUAUUUCGUCUCCUUCAUCUUUGGACUGAAGAUGUUGAACAGAUUGGCACUGUUGUUGGCGUUAUGUUUUUUCUUUUAUUGUUUCAAUCAAAUAUCACACGACUAGAUCUUAAUCGACGACAUGUACCUUUACUAAAAGCACUCAGUUUAUUAAUUGUUGCACUAUUUCAUUUUCUUCAUACAAUACUGGAACCACAAUUACUUAAAGUAGCUAUGCAAACAAUAACAACAAGAAUUGUAUUCAAUCAAACAAAUGAAAAUUCACAAGAAGGAGAAGGAAAUGAACAAGAAAAUAGAAAUAAUUCAUCGUUAACAUCAUUAUAUUCGUCUCUCAUUCUUCGUUCAUAUCAUCAUCGACAUGUUUACACAUGUUUAUCAAUUCUAUUCUUAGUUGUUCUGUACGUUGUACUUUUAUGGCGUUUAACAACAUUCUCUACCUGGCUCUUAGCUGUGACAGCAUUUUCAUUAGAAUUAAUUGUACGUCUAUUAGCAUCACUUGCUCAAUAUACUCUUUAUGUUCUUGAUGCACAUAAUCGUUUAUCAAAUGCUGAUUCAUUCGAUGAAUAUAUAUUCCUGAUAAAAGCUGUAACAUCAUGUUUUGAAUUCAUUCUUGGCGUUUUUCUUCUGUUCAAUGGUUUUUACAUCUUAUGUUUUGAAUCUCGUGGGACACUACGUGCAAUUAUGCUUGCCAUACAUGCAUAUUUAAAUAUAAUUAAAAAUUUACGUCGUGGUUGGCAAAUAUUCCGUAAUAGAAAAUCUGCAUGGGAUAAUGUUAAUCAAUUGCCAUUAGCAACAAAUGAACAGAUUGAAGAAUACAAUGAUAUAUGUUCAAUAUGUCAUAAUACGCUAACAUCUGGUGUUGCAUGCGUAACACCAUGUUUUCAUAUAUUUCAUCAAAAAUGUUUACAAAAAGCAUUUUAUGCAACAAAAAAUUGUGCAUUAUGUUCACGUCCGAUUAUUCAAGAAAGAAAUCAGCAUCGAGAAUAA